AGCGUCUUCGACCGCGUAGUGCGUACGGACGACGGUCACUUGCGCGCGCGCGAGAGAGUAUCCCCGGGUAUCGUUUCGGUUCAGUUGCAGAGCGACUGCGUGCGCAACAGUUGUCAGUGGCGCGCGGCGGCGGGCAGUUUCACAACAAAACACUGCUGUGUUGCAGACGUGAUAGCCUGUUAUCUCCGAAUAUCUCCGUUCGCGAGUUGAGUUUUUUUUUUUUUUUUUUUUAUCAAGUUUGAAAAUUUUCAGUUUAAUUUUUCGUACAAACGAUUUCCGUUUUCGCGUUGGACAAAUUAAUUAUCGUUAAAAAACAGGCGAUUCACGUCGGUAAAAUUCAAUUUUUAGAUACGUGCGACGACCGUCGUCGGUUUUCGUCGGUGAAAUUUUUAUGCAAUAAGUGCGUUUUUUCGUACGAAGUAGGUCGCGACAGCUUUUUUUUUUUUUAUUUCUUCGCGGCAUUCCAAACGGUUUAUGCCAUCCGUUAAUCGUUGGGUUUUAAUUGAAAAUAAAAAUAAUUCAUAUUACUAUUGUCAAACACACGUCAUCAUGCCGUCGGAAUAAACCAUUAUGGUGCAACGAUUUCUUAAGCAAUGGACUUGAAACCCCAACGCAAUAUGUAUUAUGACACUACUAGAUAAGCACGUCAUCAUAAAGGCGUCGAACUACCACGAUGCCGUCUAUGAAAAUGUUUGGUCGUAGAUGGCUCGCGGGUACAGAUGACUUGGUAUUUCCUGGAUUGCUGGAGUUGUUGAUGCGAGGAAUAUGGCUGGCGCUGAUGAGUUGUGCGCUGUGUCGGUACUAUCAUUGGACGUUCAACUGCGUGACUGGCGGAUUGUUUGUCCGGAUCUACCUGAUCGGCAUUGUGGUAAUGCAUUCUAUAAUUAUCCUUCUGGUGAUGGUGUUGGUCAACCGGAGCGCACAAGGAGCCAUUUACGACACGAAGGCCAGGCGAGCCGUACCGCACCUGUUGGUGGCCAAGAUCGUCUUGCUCGUACCGGAAAUAACGCUCAACGUGUUCGGCACCAUUUGGACGUACACCAAUUGCAUACAGUGCGGCAGCGAACACUUCACCAACACGGUGGUCGAGAUCAGCGUGCUGUUCAACUGGGUCGUGUUGGGCGGUCUGAUAUUCGUGUUGGCCAUGAUCCUGGAUCCGGUGGGCUCGUUGAAACUUCAAGAGGGCGCCAACGGCAACGUGGACACGGACACGCUGUUGCACCGCAAGGUCACGCGCAUCUGGGUCAGACGGUUCCGGUGGUUCUUUUGCUGGCUGAUAAGGGACGAGCAUUCGCACGAGGCGUUCUCGCAGGCCGCCAGUCUGAUGAGCUCCAUGUUCAGGAACACCGACAUUGUGCCCUCGGACUUCAUCGCCGGCUUCGUGUUGUUGAGGGUGAAACAGAAGCGCGAAUCCAGAGAACAAAGGCGGUUGGCUUUGUUGGCCGAACAGCGGUACAACUGCACGUCCGUCGUUUCUGAGUGUUUCACUAGCAAACCCAGUUGGAUGUGUCUGAAAAGAGCGAGGCAUUACCUCCAGUUGUCCAUUGCCAUCUACGGUUGGCCUUUCUUGAUCUAUCGUUAUUGUAUUACCGGCCUGUUCAAAAUGAUGCCAAAGUUCCUGUGCUGCGCUUGUUUUCGAUCCAAACCUACCAUCGUCAAAGAAGAUAACUGCUGUCUUUGUAACUUUGCGGCCAUCCGUUAUAUGUCUAAGCUGCAUUCCAAAGACAUUCUAUUUGCGUCGUUCGUCAAUCAUAUAUUCGAGUUGCCCUUCUUUGUAGCGGUCGAUCACGAGACGAGCAGUAUAGUGAUAUCCAUCAGGGGAUCAUUGUCGAUGCGAGAUAUUUUCACAGAUUUAACGGCCGUGGUCGAAAAACUCGACGCAGAAGGCGCACCUCCGGACAGCUAUGCACACAAAGGAAUGCUUUGCUGCGCCAAAUACAUUAAAAACGAACUGGAAGAUCAUAACGUCAUUGAAAAAGCGUUAAUAAAUUUUCCCGAGUACAAUCUCGUUAUCACCGGUCAUAGUUUGGGCGCCGGCACUUCGGUGCUGCUGGCAUUCUACAUGCGACCGACUUACCCUAAUCUCAAAGUGUACGCUUUUGCGACGCCAGCUGGGUUAUUGAGUCGAGAGGCUGCACGGAUAGCCGAAGAGUUUACCUUAUCCGUCGGCGUCGGUGACGAUAUGGUCAUGCACAUGACAAUAGACAACGUGGAAGAUCUGCGCACUAACAUGCUGAAUGUGCUGCAAGCGUGCCGAUUGCCAAAGUAUCGAGUGUUUCUUAACGGAUUUGGAUACGCUCUAUUCGGCGUACCGUCUAGAGAUCUCGAGUCUACGUGGCGUCAUCGGUCUCCUUCAGAGAUACGCAAUUCACCGCUGUUGUCGGCACACUCGCCCGUUCUAUCCAUGAUUACGCAAAACGACGGCUUUCCAACAGAUAACAUAAGCAAUCAUCAUCUAGUCCCGACCACGUCUUCGUAUCCCUACGAACAACCUAUCUCCAUAUCGUCUACUUAUAAUCUAGAAACCAGGAGAUACUCGAAGAUACGUUUGUACACACCAGGUCACAUAUUACAUAUAACAAAGAAAAAGAAAAGCAAAGAACAGAAAAAAGCCGACAAGAAAUCCGGUACCGACAGCAAUGAAUACAACUAUGAAAUGCGAUGGGCCUCACCCGAAGACUUCAAGGAACUUCGAGUCAUGCCGCGCAUGUUGUUGGACCAUUUGCCAGAAAAUGUUUUGAAAACUAUUGAUAACGUCCUCAAUGAACAAAGAACGGAAAUCGGUUUCGAUUUGGCUCAAUUAACUAUGAUUUAAGUGUAGUGUACUUAUUUAAAAAAAAAAAAAAAAGACAUUUUAUAAUAAUAUUCAUUAUUGUUGAUGUAACUGAACUUGAUAUAAUUAAUGCUCAAAUUUUCCUCUCUCUCUCUCUCUAUCUCUUUAUCUUUA